AUGCAAUUCUCCAUUCUUCUUGCGCUUGUUGGCUUUGCCUCUGCUGCCACAUACUACACCUCCACACCGAGCUACAGCAACAAUUAUAGAAGUUGCUCAUCUUCCUAUGAGUGCUCAUCCGGUCAGACUUGCUCGAAUGGACAAUGCAUGAACUCGCUUAGCUACAACGGAGGGGUCUACUCCAACAAUCAGUACGAUAUGAACAGCCAAUACGGAACCACUGGAUCCGGAGUCUAUUGUACCACAUCCUACUCGUGCCGUUCUGGAGAGACUUGCAUGAACAACAGAUGCCAGAGCAGCUACUCCAACAACAACAUAUACGGAAGCAACAACAACAUGUAUGGAAACCAAUACAGCUCUGGAUCCAUGACUUGCCGUUACACCACUGACUGCAUGUCGGGACAAAUGUGCUCCAAUGGAAUGUGCGUUGCUCAGUACGGAACAUCUUACAACAAUGCUAUGUACUCCUCGUCCACUGGAAACUACUGUACCUAUGACAACACCUGUGGACUCAACCAAAGAUGUGUCAACAACAUGUGCCAAUCCACUGGAUCUAGCUCCUACUAUGGACCUGGAUCUUCUGGAUACAACACUUAUGGAAACUCCAACCAAUACGGAGGAUCCAACACUAGAUGCACCUACAACUCUGACUGUGGAUCCAACAGAUAUUGCUCAUCUGGAUACUGCAGCAGCUACGUGCUCAGACAGAAGAGAAGCUCUUAA